GGCGCUCAUUCUUCAGAAACGGCUUCCGGUGGACUUUCCAUCAGCGUAUGCAGAGCUAUUAAAAAUGGCUGACCCUAAAGAAGUCUCAAAAACUAGUCAAGAGUUGUCUGCUGUUUGCCAGUCGGACAUUGUGUUUUCCCAUCCCGGAGAUGAAGCGGUUCUGUCGUGUCAUCUCAGGCCAGCUGUCAGCGCCGUCUCGAUGGAAAUCCAGUGGUGGCAUAAAAUGGAUCCCGUUAUCCAUUAUAAAGAUGGACGGGUGACGGUGAACAUAGACUUUGAGGGUCGAGUGAGUCUCCCGUUGGAAAAUCUGCUCAAUGGAAACGUGUCUUUGACUCUCAGAGACGUCAGGAGCUCACAGAAGGGCCUCUAUAUUUGCGAGGUCAUCCAUGAAAACCAAAUAAUACAAAACACCGCUUUCCUUCAUAUCAGCUCUGUAGAUUUUAGUCUUUCGGUUCCUACUGAUAUGUUAUCUGCUGAUCUCGGAGCGGACGUCAUCUUACCUGUCCAUCUCUCACCUGAAACCAGCGCCGUGUCCAUGGACGUCAGGUGGUUUAAAGGGACAGAGCUCAUUUAUCAGUAUAAUGACGGGCAGGAGAUGACAAAUAAUGACUUUGAGAACCGGGUGAGCGUGUCCAUCCGGGAGCUGGAGAGAGGAAACCUCGCUCUGACUUUGAGGAACGUUAAACCGUCAGAUACAGAAAUCUAUACAUGCAAAGUUUUUCAUGAUGGAUGUCAGAAGAGAGGAGUAGUCCACUUGCAAGUGAGCGAGUUUGAGAGAGUGAGCCAUCUCCGUGGCGUCUUAAAGCAAGCACAUGAAGACAUUAAACAACAAACGGUAAAACUAAACGAAACCGCAAAGUUGCUUGAAGAAACACUCAACCGUGAUGAUCGGUCGUAUAGGCAUAUAAAUAGCAUGGAAGAACCGCCGCCAUUAAUGCAAGAUCAUACCACACCGGAAAAAUGUGACAUGAAAGACAGGAGAACAGGUUCUACUUUUAGCAGCAAGAGAGGAAAUCCUCCAAUCAUGGGAGGAAGAACCAUACGACCUAGAGAAGAGAGUACCUCCACUGAAGAAGAGUUCUCAUCCACAGCUACGCCAUCAAAGGUUCUGCAAAGACUAAGAAGAUCAGACGACGUACGUUUAACGGAAAGAGCUACGCAAACUGAAGAGAGUCCUGAAGCAGCCAUACGAAGCACUCAUGAACGGAGACAAGAGAAGAAGAGAUCUUCCCCAGAUCUUCCACAGAUACAGGAAAGAGAAGAAAAGGCACGAACACUAGAGAGACUAGAAGGCAGGGGGCAGAGAGAGAGAAAAUGCCUCAUUUUAUAAGCAAAUAUACUUGCUUUUUUUUUUUUUUUUUUUUACUAUGACUAAAUGACCACAUUUGUUUUCAGUUUUGCCUAUAUUUUAGAUAUUAGUAUGAUCCGAAAUCAUUUUUCAUACGUGACCCUGGACCACAAAACCUGUCUGAAGUCACUGGGGUUUAUUUUUAGCGAUUGCCAAAAACACACCGUACGGGUCAAAGUGAUCUUUUUUUGCCCAAAAUCGUUGAGUACAAUCAUUAAGUGAAGAUCACGUUGCACAAAGAUAUUUAGUAAAUGUCCUACCAUAAAUAUAUUAGUAAUAUGCUAAUUAGCUAAGAAUAUAAUAAUGGUGAUGUUAUAUAGUUGCGUCUUGGCCUGUCUGAUCAAAACAAACCAUACCUCAAUGGAGAGCGUAUUUAUUCAGCUUUCAGAUGUUGCACAGAUCUCAAUUUCUAAUAAAACUGACAUUCAUGAUGUUUUGAUUUGUAAAGUCCAAGCAUAUGUAGCUGUAACUGAUAUGUUGCUAUCUUAAAUCAUGCGCCUUUAGAGAAAACAGUGUGUUUCUGCUAUGUUUUGUGAUUUUAACACACUAUUUAAUAACCUUUGUUAAUGUUAGUUUCAUAUAAUACAGUUGUUCAUUGAUA